AUGGGAAGCAUCGACAUUUCCGCCUGCGAUCAACCGCAGCUCAAAACGCCCUGGAUCGAGACACCCCUAGUCGAGUCCGCCUGUCUCUCUCGCGCAGCAGGAUGUAGGAUCUUCCUGAAGCUGGAGAAUGUCCAGCCAAGCGGCUCCUUCAAGUCCCGCGCCAUGGGCAACCAGAUCCUAUCCCACCUCCGCAACCCAGAAAACAAAGGCCGCAGAGUGCACUUCUACGCCUCAUCCGGCGGAAACGCCGGCCUAGCAGCCGUCUGCGCAGCCAAAAGCCUGGGCUACCCAUGCACAGUCGUUGUACCUAUGGCUACCAAGCCAUUGAUGCUCGACAAGAUCCGCGCCGCAGGCGCAGCAGACGUCAUCCGGCACGGCGAGACAUUCUCCGAAGCCGGGGAGUACAUGCGGGAAACCAUCAUGAAGACCAGCAACGGGGACGACAACGACGUCGUCAAGAUCGCCCUGCACCCCUUUGACAACCAGCCCAUCUGGGAAGGAAACAGCACCAUCAUCGACGAACUCGAGACACAGCUUCCCCCCGCCACAACCCCAGAAGAACAAAAAGCCUACUCUGACCGCGCCCUUCCCCUCGAUGCCAUUCUCUGCAGCGUCGGCGGCGGUGGCCUCCUCAACGGCCUUGUCAUGGGAAUCGAAAAGCGUCGCCAACAGAAACAAGCCACUUUGCCCCCCUCUUCCUCAACUCCAUCCCCCAUCCACCUCCUCGCCAUCGAAACGGCCGGUACCGAUUCGCUAGCGGCAGCUGUCGCCAAAAACUCCCUCGUCUCCCUUCCCAAGAUCACUUCCCAGGCUACCUCGCUCGGUGCCGUCCGCGUCUCGGAAACCACCUUCCAGUAUGCCGUUUCCCCGCCGCCGGGUAUCAAGGUGCACAGCACUGUCCUCUCAGACGCGGAAGCCGCGCGUGGCGUGCUGCGUCUCGCCAAUGAUGAAAGACUACUCGUCGAGCUUGCAUGUGGCGUUUGCAUUGAAGCGGCUAUCGGCGAUGCUGCUGGUGCUGGCUCUGUCCCGGUUUCGGGCGCUCAGAGUAUCAAAAAGCGCAAGAUCUCGGCUGAUCCUGCUGUCACCUACCGGGAUGAAGGCUACGGUGAUGACCGGUCGAUCUCGGCUGAUAGUGAGACAGAUCCCGAGCUUGAGCCGGAAGUUGGCCAGAAGGUUCGCUCUAGACUUCAGCAGCUUGUUCCUGAUCUCAACCCGCAGAGCAGGGUUGUGAUUGUCGUCUGCGGUGGAAGCUAUGUCACUGUUAAUAUGGCUUGUGAAUGGCGCAAGAUGUUGGACGAGGGAUGGGCAUGA